GGAGAGGGUGAACCAAUAGAUGAAGAUAUGUAUGAAGAUUUAGAGGAACACUGGGAAAAAGAAACCAAAGAACAAGAUAAAAAGCGAGAGAAAGAACAGAAGAAGCGGCUUGAGCAGGAGAAAAAAGAACAAAAGGACAGAGAAAAGAAAGAGAAUGAAAUUAGGAAACGGUUUAAGCUAGUGGGCCCUAUUGAAGUUAUUCAUGAAGCAAAGGGUAAAGUGGACUGCAAAGGAGGAAAGAAUGAACUGUCGCUGAAGCAGGGGGAGCGCUUGGAGAUCAUUCGUGUGACAGACAACCCUGAAGGAAAGUGGCUGGGGAGGACAGCAGAUGGCUCAUAUGGUUACAUUAAAACGGAAUUAGUGGAAGUUGAUUAUGGAGCUUUAAAAAGCCAACAGAAGAAACCCAUUCUUCCUUCUUCUCGAAUUCAAGCUGAGAAUGAUCCAGACGUCUAUGAUGAUGUUGGAGCCCAAGAUGAUGUUGAAAGCAGUCAAAGAGGCAGUGGAGUCAUCUUACCACCACUACCAAAUGAAGAUGAUAUUUAUCAUGAUGUGGAUAAUCCAGAGUUAAGCGUAAGUUUAGGCUCACAGGAAGAUCCAAAAUCCAACUCCUGGUCCUGGGGACUGCUGAAGAUGCUAAAGAGCAAAGAUGAAAACAAGAAAAGCUUACCUGACAUUAAUCUGGAAAAUGUAGAAGACAGUUUAAUACCCCCACCACCUCAGUUUGCAAAAGAUAAAACUCCUGCAGAUGAUGAAAUUUACGAUGAUGUGGACUCAACUGAUUUUCCUCCUCCACCUCCAGAAUCAAGCCUCCAAAAGAUUAAAAAUGCUGACAAAACACCAGAUAAGGACCCCAAGAAGCAGAAGAAGUUUGAAAAAGAAGAAAAAGAAUUCAGAAAAAAAUUCAAAUAUGAAGGAGAAAUUAAGGUUUUGCACCAGGUCACUGUAAUUUCUGGACUAAACAACAAAAAAUGGGCAAAUAAGGAAUUGGCCUUGAAACCUAGUGAGGUCUUGGAUGUUAUACAAAAAGCUGUGGACAACAAAUUUAUCUGCAGGAAUGAAGAAGGAAAAUUUGGAUUUGUUUCAACAAGCAACAUCAUUACAGAGGAUUCUGACAUUUACGAUGAUGUUGGAGAUGAUUGUAUCUACGAUAAUGACUGAACGUCUAGUAUCGUUUCCAAGACAUUUAUUUGUAUGAACAUUCAAGAUUAAAUAUUGGCAGCAACCUCUGCAUCAGUCGUUUACAGUAUAUGACUUUAAAAAAAGCUUUAAUUGUUCAGGCAACACAUAAUAAUUUAUAAAUAUUUUGUACACCUGAAAAAAAAUAUUAUUUUACUUUGCAUUCAUUUUGCUGCUGUUGACUGGCUUUAGUAAUCUUGUGAAAAGUAUUGAUUGCUGUCAUUUCUGACGUAUUUGCAGGCAACUUGUUUUUCAAAAGGUUUUACAAGCAAGAUUGUUUUCUUUUUUGUGAUUGCAUCUGUGGUGCAAAUAAAGUGUCUCAGAAGAGUUAAAGAGAA